CCGAAGGGUAUCAGGCUUUUUCUCAUAUGCUUCCCCUUCCAAAGUCCAAAUAAAAAGAAGAAAAGGAAAACGAAUAGCUUCAAAUUCCAUCCUUGUUACUAGUCGUACCAAACCUCAAUUGGAUGGUGUAAAAAAAGAGCCGCUAUAAUUGUAUACCUGAAGAGGAACUGUUGCCUGGCUUAGUUUGAAAAUUUUGAAAUUGUCUUCUUCACAGCAUGGACGAUAACAACAAUGACAAUGAUUUUACCUUUUGUCAGGUUGGCUUACCUACUGAUCAAAAUUGUGUGGAGGCAAAGAAUCUUGCAGCUGAUAUUUGUGGUCUUACCUUUAAAGAUGAAUUCUCAAACAGCAGUGAUAGCAGUAAAAAUGGUGGUUUUCCCUGGAAAGAUAAACAGCUAAAUAAUGCCACAUUAGGAAAUCAGGCUACUGUUGGUUCUUUGACUUUCAAUGUUAUUGAUGCAUCAUAUCUGAAACCAUCUGGUGAAUCAUCAAAACAAUUAACAUUGGGAGAUGUGGGUGCUCCAGCCAAAAAUGCAGAAAAACCAAAAAUUUCUACUAGAAAACCUGCCCCUCGGACCAAGGUUCCUUUUGAGAAGGGAUAUAGUCAAAUGGACUGGCUUAAGCUUACUCAAACGCAUCCUGACCUUGCAGGACUGAAAGGGCAGUCAAAUAGGAGGCUUAUUUCAAUGAGUGAAGUUAAGCAAAAUCAAGCAGAAGGUUCCAUGUGGACUGUUUUGAAAGGACGUGUCUACAAUAUAUCUCCAUACAUGAAGUUUCACCCUGGAGGUGUUGAUAUGCUCAUGAAGGCAGUGGGAAAAGACUGCACAUCUUUAUUCAACAAAUACCAUGCUUGGGUAAACGCUGAAUUCUUACUGGAAAAAUGUCUGGUGGGUACCUUUAAUGAUGGUGAAGGAAGCAACAGAUGAUAAAAACUGCUUCUUGGGACUAAGCUUUAUCGCAGCUGCCAGGAAGGAUUCCGAUGAUUUUUCUUUUACUUAGUGCAGGUAGAGGAUGCAAUCAUAUCCGUGGCUGUAGGACUAAUCAAAUCAUUUAAUUUUAUACAUCUGAUUUUGUACAAGAUAUGAUGAAUGGAAUAAAGUUAUACAUUUAUACACAUUGUGCAAGAAUAAUAUACACUAAUAUGUAAGGAAUCAUAUUUUAGUGUUGAUUUGGUGACCGAUUGGAAC